AAAAUCGAUUUAAUAUUUUUGACACUUGGAGUAGACAUUGACAUAAUCAAGACAAGAUAAUUUCGGAAGCAGUUAGAUUUUUUCAAAGCGCAAAAAUGGCAUCUUACCUACAGAGGGCUGCGAAUUUAUAUGUUAAGAAUAAUGUUCGUCUCGCUUCCCAUGCAGCUACAGCUGGUGGACAUGGCGGUGGCUGGAAGUUGUGGAAGAAGCUGUCCUUCUUCGUAGGGUUCCCAGCCGUCGGCUUGGGUAUGCUGAACGCGUAUCUGGGGCACCAGGAAGAUCAUCACGAACGUCCUCCGUUCGUCGCUUACGAGUAUAUGAGAAUUCGUACAAAGCGUUUCCCAUGGGGUGAUGGCCAGAAGUCUCUUUUCCAUAACCCCCACGUCAACGCCCUGCCCAGCGGCUAUGAAGAUGACCAUUAAAAAAGUUGUUAAAUUUACUUUGAGUAUUUAGUUAAAAAAGUGAUAAGUACCUAAUAAAACUGUGAAACUACCUA